AUGGCCGUCAUUGAGCUUAUUUUCCCCAAGAUUAAGAAUGACCCGGAGUCCAUCAAGGGUGCGCAGGAGACGAUCCCUCUUGCUUUCAAGGCUUUGAAGGAAGCCGGUGUUCUAAGAGGAGUGGCGGGUGCCGUAAUCUCGGAAAACGGGAAGGAUACGACCGGGGAGUUCAGAGAAUUCCUUUCCAUUGAAUGGCCUGAGGCAUCGUACUUUUAUAAGUUCGUCCAAUCUGCCAGCUACGAAGAGUAUAAGGCCGCGGCUACUCCUUUUGCAGCUGGACCACCGGAUUUGAAUGUCUUCGAGACCAACCCCGGCUCGCAUAUCUUCGAUGGCCGCCCCAUCCUGGAUAUAUUGCUCAUCAAGCCGAAGAAUCCAUCCGACGAAGAAGCAGAGGCUGUUUUGAAAAAGGUGCAGGCGACACUGGAGAAACUCAACGAUACCGAAGGCGUUUAUGGAAGCACCGUAAACCUCCCUGAAAAGAAGAUUACUGUUGUGAGGGCGAUUGCAGACAAAGCGGAACUGGAUGCCGCAAAGAACGCAUCAGCGCGCGAAGAGAUCGUGAAGGCGAUUGGCGACUUGGCGGAAGUAACUCAACUAGUUGCCGAUGUCAAAGUCAUGCCUUUCUAA